AUGAUUACGCCAGCGGAGACGGUUCCGACACCGACCCCGGGCUUGCGCAGGCGACCGAGAUGGGGGAGGAACGAGACCCUCACUCUGCUCGUGGUCGUCACUCCAUCCUAUGCCGCGCCGACAGCGUGUGGCCCGGGCUGCGACGAGGUAGUGCGGCCCACGUCGGACGGCCUGUCUGCUGGAGCGACGGCGGGCAUCGUCGUGGGGGUCGUUGCGGCCGCCAUUAUCGCAGUCUCACUCCUCGUACGGUGGUACUACCGCCGGCAACCGGCCGACAAUGCCUCUGUGUGCACAUCUAGAAGUGCAAGCUUCGAGGCGCUGCCAAAUGAUGCGGACUUCUACGACACGCUGGGAAACAACGACACACGCCCCUCGGCAGCCACGAUGGUGGGCCGCGAUGUGUCCAAGUCGACGGACGCACUUGCCAAGCAUAUGGAGGCGGAGCCGCUCCCGACGCCAGUCCCAAUUCACGCCGAGAAGGCGCACAGUCGUGCCUCAUCGCGGGACUCGGCGGCACGCGAGGCAGCAUCCAAGUAUCUGGCCGCCGACAUCGAGAAAGACCUGCCUGUGAUCCCGGCACGCGACCCAACGCCACUAGAGCGUGAAAUCCUAGCCUUGUGUGACACACCGACAGCCGACCUAAGGGCCGACCUUCUGAAACUCUUCGAUGCACCCAGUCCGAAGCGCGCGACCCAUAUUGAGGCGCAAGUCCGGCGUAUGCUCGAGGCUCCUCCUGCGGGAGUUCCUAGAAGCCCCAGCCCAGCGCCGAGCUUCCUCGAGAAGAAUGGGUCACGCGAGGAACUCCGCAACGACACGGAUUAG